AGUGGUAGUUUUAUAUUUAUUUUGCCGAAAAUUUUUAGCGACCAAAAGGUGGAUAGGAUUUUAUGAGGAUGUCUGUUUAUCGGUUUCACUUAAGGUUAGCGCUACAAUGCAGCAACAACGCCUUUAAGGAUAUCGUGAUUUUUUAAAAAUGAACCCCCUCCCCCAUUAUACGGAACCGAACCGUUCUCCGUGUAUUCCGUUCAAGCUAUACAGAGACGUCAACCUUAGUUCCUAUUAACCAAACAACCCUACAGAACGACUCGCAAUAUUUAAAAACGCUUAGGCGAGGGAUUAAAAUCCAUAAAAGAGUAGAAGCUCUGCUAAAGCAUAAAAUCUGACUGUGUUUAGCAAAGCUCCUGGCAAUAAUUGUAAAAAGUAGUUGAGAUUAGUUAAUGGGAAUAUGAGGAAUAAUUGCUAGAAGGUCUCAAAAAAAUAUUUUAGUAAAAAUGAAAUCAGCCUUAAUUUUUCUACUAACAAUUUCAAAUUAUUUGAUCCUUGCACAAAUUAAUACAGAAAAUAAUGAAGAAAUGAAAAGAAGGGUUUUAAAUUUAUUAAAUGAGCAACAACAAGUAAUCAAAGUGCAACAAUCACCUAAUGUUGGGGCAGAUUUGUUAGAGUCACCAACAUCGUUAUUAUGCCCUCCAUGCACCAUACCUACGUUUAAAUGUGUAGAGGUGAAGUUUUAGAGGAGAUGAAAGGAGAAUGAGACCUAUAGUGGGAAGGAAACUCAUUUUUGUGGAUAGGUAGGGGUUGGCUACAAAGCAGGAAACGAGCCGGAC